CCGUAGUCAGACUGUUUCCUUGUAGCCUUCAUGAGGCGGUUUCUGCUCAGCAGAGGGAAGUAGAUAUGAAAAUAGGGGCCAGGAUUGUGUGAAUUUCUGGAAAUAUGUCCAAGAAAAGGGGCAGAAAGCGUAGCAGCGGCGAGCUGAGUGAGAGUUCGGGUUUGUCUCUGUCGUCGACCCCAGACGCUAACAACCUGCUGGGCCUGCGGAUUGAGCACAAUUGGAGGGAGAAGGGCAACCUGACCAAGUGGAAAGGCACAGUGCUGGAGCGCCUCACCGUCAACACCUCCCUGUACAUGGUCAAAUACGACGGCUUCGACUGCGUCUAUGGCAUCGAGCUGUUCAAAGACGAGCGGGUGUCCAACCUGCAGGUUUUAACAGAGAAAGUCGUAAACAACAAGAUCAAGGUGCCCCACGAUGCGCCAGAGCUGGUGGGCAAGGCUGUGGAGCACCUGUUUGAGAAGGAGGACGGUGAGAAGAAUGAGUGGCGGGGCAUGGUGCUCUCUCGCGCCCCCGUCAUGACCAACUGGUACUACAUCACCUAUGAGAAGGACCCUGUGCUCUACAUGUACCAGCUCUGGGACGACUAUAAGGACGGAGACCUCCGCAUCCUGCCUGAAGCUGAGAACAAACACCUGCUGCCUGCGGACAGGAAGCCAGGCGAGGAGACGGAGAGCCUUGUGGGUAAGCAGGUGGAGUACGUCACUGAUAAGGGCGUGAAGAGGACUGGGCUGGUUAUCUACCAGGUUCCCGCCAAACCCUCCGUCUACUACAUCAAAUACGACGACGACUUCCACAUCCACGUUUAUGACCUGGUCAAAACCACCUAGAAUACAACUUGACCUGGUCAAAACCACCUAGAAUACAACUCGACCUGGUCAAAACCACCUAGAAUACAACUCUACCCGGUCAAAACCACCUAGAAUACAACUUGACCUGGUCAAAACCACCUAGAAUACAACUCGACCUGGUCAAAACCACCUAGAAUACAACUCGACCCGGUCAAAACCACCUAGAAUACAACUCGACCCGGUCAAAACCACCUAGAAUACAAAUUUGACUCGGUCAAAACCACCUAGAAUACAAAUUUGACUCGGUCAAAACCACCUAGAAUACAAAUUUGACUCGGUCAAAACCACCUAGAAUACAAAUUUGACUCGGUCAAAACCACCUAGAAUACAAAUUUGACUCGGUCAAAACCACCUAGAAUACAAAUUCGACUCGGUCAAAACCACCUAGAAUACAAAUUCGACUCGGUCAAAACCACCUAGAAUACAAAUUCGACUCGGUCAAAACCACCUAGAAUACAAAUUCGACUCGGUCAAAACCACCUAGAAUACAAAUUCGACUCGGUCAAAACCACCUAGAAUACAAAUUCGACUCGGUCAAAACCACCUAGAAUACAAAUUCGACUCGGUCAAAACCACCUAGAAUACAAAUUCGACUCGGUCAAAACCACCUAGAAUACAAAUUCGACUCGGUCAAAACCACCUAGAAUACAAAUUCGACUCGGUCAAAACCACCUAGAAUACAAAUUCGACUCGGUCAAAACCACCUAGAAUACAAAUUCGACUCGGUCAAAACCACCUAGAAUACAAAUUCGACUCGGUCAAAACCACCUAGAAUACAAAUUCGACUCGGUCAAAACCACCUAGAAUACAAAUUCGACUCGGUCAAAACCACCUAGAAUACAAAUUCGACUCGGUCAAAACCACCUAGAAUACAAAUUCGACUCGGUCAAAACCACCUAGAAUACAAAUUCGACUCGGUCAAAACCACCUAGAAUACAAAUUCGACUCGGUCAAAACCACCUAGAAUACAAAUUCGACUCGGUCAAAACCACCUAGAAUACAAAUUCGACUCGGUCAAAACCACCUAGAAUACAAAUUCGACUCGGUCAAAACCACCUAGAAUACAAAUUCGACUCGGUCAAAACCACCUAGAAUACAAAUUCGACUCGGUCAAAACCACCUAGAAUACAAAUUCGACUCGGUCAAAACCACCUAGAAUACAAAUUCGACUCGGUCAAAACCACCUAGAAUACAAAUUCGACUCGGUCAAAACCACCUAGAAUACAAAUUCGACUCGGUCAAAACCACCUAGAAUACAAAUUCGACUCGGUCAAAACCACCUAGAAUACAAAUUCGACUCGGUCAAAACCACCUAGAAUACAAAUUCGACUCGGUCAAAACCACCUAGAAUACAAAUUCGACUCGGUCAAAACCACCUAGAAUACAAAUUCGACUCGGUCAAAACCACCUAGAAAGGACUUUCUAGUCCCCCCACCUCAGACCCUCACACCUGUACACCCACCUUGAGGUCGACUCUCAUUUCAACUCAGUCAAUUCAGGAAGUGAGUUCAAAAUUCAGUAUUUACCAAAUUGAAAUAUUGAGAAGCUUAAUUCAUCAAUGCAAUUUGAAUACCUCCCCUGAAUUGACUAGAUUGAAAUGAAACUCUGCAAACAUGACACUUACUGUCAUUAUUGUGGACAUGUUCCCUGCCUUGUCUCAUCUAAUGGGAGAAGGACUACCAAGGUCAGAAGUUUGCUAAAAGUGUGAAAUCUGUGACUUAGAUCGACUAGGCUUUUGUAAACAGUUCAAAGCUUACAUCUAUUUAUUUUUCAUUUAAAGUAACUGUCAAACUUUUCCAGAUUUCAAUGAAAUAUGACAAUUAAUUACUUACAAUAUGAGUAAAAUAGUUUUCCUUCCAAAAAAAAGUAAUUAAGUAUGUUAAAAAGCAGCUUUUCUGUAUUUGAAUGGUGUGUGUGUACCCCAACAACAUAAUGGUGUGGGCGUAUACUGGUCAUCACAAAUUUUUAUGCGAGUAGGCCGCUGAUUGGACAGCUCAUCCUCCUCAGGAGUAUGACAUCAUACUCUAUAAGGAAAUAGCAAGCAGUUUUUAAACUGUCUGUUUUAGAUACAAGUUUGAGGUGGGGUUUUUGAAGUGUUUAUUUUUCUCCAAUUUAUGCUUUGGCCACAUGAGUAUAGGACGAGUCAACAACAUUAUUUGGCUUAACAGAAUAUUAACUUUUUUUAAAGUUACAUUUUCACUCGACAGUUACUUUAAGAAACAAGAGAUGAAGCAGCAAUGUUUUAUUUUUCUUAUCUCUAUGUGCAACUUAUUUUAAAACAUAUUUAGCUAUCAUUUUUAUUUAUAUAUUCUGAAAUAAAACAUGGAUAUGAACUUUGUACCAGGGCAAAAGCUUUGAUACAAUGUAUUCCCAACUGAUGGUUGAUGACUUGGUUACAAUGGACAAUAGAAUUAGUGUUUUGUUUGGCUAAGGAAGUAGAUAUUAUCAGUGAAAAUGACCUAUGUUAAUGUUCAGAUGUGUUGCUUGAAUAGUGCAAGAAAAUAAUGUUAUUUAAUAGAAAUUAUAAACAAUUGCCAAGAUUUGCCUGCUCAUGUUUCAGAACCACCCACACCAGCUAAGCUCACAUUUUAAUUUGAGAGGAAUUGUUUGACUUAGCUACUAGUUUCAUAAAUUCAGAGAGUCAUGUUUAAGACAUUUUGGAUUACAAUCAACCCUUAGUCAUGGUUGAAUAAUCAAAUAUUUCUGCCAUGUUGUUAGACCGUCAUGACUGUAACUGUACUUACUUUUUGUAAAUACCUGUAAUGUGUGAUGCAUUUUUAAAAAUACUGCAAAGAUGCUUUGGUAUUAUUUGCUCUUCCUGUUUGAUGUUGAAUAAUGCUUUAUUUCGCGAUUGCAGCCAUUGUUGGUUCAUUAUUUUCCCCCACUAGUGGCCAGGUUUACUUAGCAUUUAAACCUUUUUUUUCAGUAAGGAAUUAAACAUAAAAGGUAAUAAAACCGUU